AUGUUGUCUCCUCGGGUGUUGUUGCCACGUGUGCUCGGCAGCGCCGGUGCGCUGAACGCCCUGAGCGGAGGCGGGCUGCGCAGUGGACGGACUGUGCGCAGCGCCCAGAACCAUGUGCGCACCUACCUGAGCCGCCGCCACAAGAGCGACAAGCCUUCCGAAGAGGCGGGUGCAGAAACACCACCGCCACCACCUCAGCCAAAGGGUGGGGGACGCGGAGCGGCUCUUGCCAUUGGUGCUGUGGGUGCAACGCUGAUUGGUGGCGCUGUUGCCUACUUUAUGCAGCAAGACCCUUCCAGUCAAAAAGCAAUCGACGAGCACAACGCUGCCGUUGCAAAUCAAGGUCUUCCCGCACGCAAGCGGCUGAGCAGGAGCACCGCGGUUGAAUCGGCGCUCGUGCACAACCAAGCGAGCAAGCUUGCGUCAUGCCAUGGCGUCUCCGAGAUCCUCACGUGCUGGCUGGCAGCCAACGACCCGCUGGAGGAUCGGCACAGCGAGCAUUUUCUUGGCCCCCACGGCGUGCUCGUGGGCAUGUAUGACGGGCACAGCGGCUUUCAGACCUCGGAUGCGCUCAGCGUGUUUCUGCCGACCUAUGUGAAGCAAGCGCUUGAGAAGAGUGACUCGACAACGGUGCAGGCCACGGCGGCGGCGCUGUCGGACGCGUUUGAGGCCUUUGACCGCGACUUCACCUCGGUCGUGCCCAAGAUGGCGCUCGAGACGAAGGACAAGCGACUGCUGGAAGCGUUUGUCAACCCUGCGUUCAGCGGGGCGGUGGCGUGUGUCGCCCUCAUCAACGCCACGGGCAUCUACAUUGCCAACACGGGCGACUGCCGCGCUGUCCUGGGCAUCGAGCAGGCCGGCGGGCGUGUUGGCGCCGCCGUGCUCUCCAACGACCAGACGGGCACAACGCCAUCGGAGGUGGCCCGUAUCCGCCGCGAGCACCCGGGCGAGGACAAGUGCGUGUAUCGCGGGCGGGUGCUGGGCGGCCUGCAGCCCUCGCGCGCGUUUGGCGACUCGCGGUACAAGUGGGAGGUGGCUGCCAUGAAGGAGAUUGGCGUGCGCGUGCCCAAGUACAGCAAGACGCCGCCGUAUGUGACGGCCAAGCCCGAGGUGCUGCACACCAGCAUCGACGCGCAGGCCAAGUUCCUCAUCCUGGCCACAGACGGCGUGUGGGACGUGGUGUCCUCGGACGAGGCUGUGCAGGUGGUGAGCAAGGCGCUCAAGAGCGGCAGCAGCACGCUGCUGGCCGCGGCCCAGCUGACCAAGCGCGCCCUCGAGCGCUAUGCGGAGGAAGGCACCCAGGGGGACGUGGACAAGCUGCUGGAGAUCCAGGCGCCGCAGGCCCGAAACUACCGCGACGACAUCACGUGCUCUGUCGUGCUGCUGGAGGCGCAGAGCGUUGCGGCCGAGGAGGGCACACCCGAGGCGGCGGCAGCAGCGGCGCAGGCGGCAACAACGCCAAGCGCAGCAUCCAACCUGGACAAGCCCGUUGGCCGCACGCUCGUGGACAUCUUCCACAUGCAGCGCAGGCAGCAGCAGGCAGCAGGCGCCGGGGCAUCGCCCGCACAGCCACCAGCACCUGCCGCCGCCAACAACAACAACGGCAACAACGGCAGCGGCAACGGCGUAUAA